CUAUUUCAACCUUCUUGGAAAGAUGAGUUUCAAAUGUACCUUCAAUCCCCUUCUUUUUGCUCGAAUUUUGGCAUGUUUGUAGACAUAUUGUCUGUUUAUAUUUUGGCCUACCAAAUUUUGGAAAUUCUUCCUCAAUCACAAGUUAUUCAUCAUACAAAAAAUUGCAUUUUACCAUAUUGCUUUAUAGUUCAAUGAUUGCUACAUAUGAACUCUUCAAACUUCGAAGGAUUGCUAUAAUAGCAU